GCAGGGAUUGGUGCCAGGUCUCCGGCUGUGAAUACUUGUGCCUGGCAGCUCCUCAAGUGGGCCGACACCCCCCCAAAUACACAUGUGUGUGUUCAGAUAACAUGAUGCUAGCCCGGGAUAUGAGGUCAUGCGUACCUGCCGUGCCCACGCCUGAAGCUCCUGUGCAGCCUCAGCUUCCAGCUACAGACCCUCCUCGUCGCCCUCCAGUUCCAGCCAGCACCACACCCAAGACCCUGGUCCGUACCACCCCUAAACCCCAAAUCCGUACCACCCCUAAACCCCUGAUUCGUACCACCCCAGUUCCCAUAAUCAGCACCACUGCAGCCAGGCCAGCACCACGCACCACCAUCAAACCUCCAGUAAAGACCACCACCCCAGAACCAAAGGUCCCGUCACCCAGGCCGGUGAACCCUAAAAUCCCCCAGACCACCACAGGGGCUCCAGUCACAUCUCCAGAUAUCCCACAUGAAUUUGCCGCUGCUGUACCCAACGCUGCCUCCACCACGCCGGUAGCUCUGUAUAUAGCUUUACCUCUGGCGAUCAUUUGUCUGGUGGCUAUUGGUGGCGUGCUACUAUGGAGGAACUACAGGCUGAAAAACACCAACACAAUCCACUUUGACAACCCCGUUUACCAGAAAACCACCGAGGACCAAGUGCACAUUUGGAGGAGCAACAGCAUUGAUGGGUACUCCUACCCAAAAAGACAAGUCGUGAGCUUUGAUGAAGAAGAGGACAAUCCAGCCUUCACAGAAAACUGAAAAAAGUUGUGCUGAGUGGAAAGAAGAGCCUUGAUGAUUAAGCUACCUUGGACGUCCUUGUGUAUUUUCUUACCUGACAUGGCACAAAGAUAUGGAAUUUAAAGCCAAUCUUGAAACCACUAUAUCCUCACAAACGCUUGAAUGGCGCAUUUCCACUUCAGCUCGGAGCUCGCUUUAAGCGUGCCGUUUUUGGUUGCGUU